GUGAAAGUAGGUUUUGUAAACAAAUCCGUAACCUACAGGAAAAAGAUGAAUUAGAUUGUAUGACGCUGAAAAUCCCCAGCAACUGGCGUGAUUGUUGUGAAAUUUUCAGUCGCAAUCAACCUCUUAUGGAACCUCAUGCCCAGUUUGCCGUAGAAGUCACGGACUUCAGUUCUCAAUACGGGAGUGAGACGUCGAUAUCUUACACUGCUUCUAACCUAGCGGGGAGAUGUAACAUCUACCCGGGUUAUGGAGAUUUUACACAAGCCUGUGUCUUUAGAACAUAUGGACCUUGGUGGAAAUAUGCCCCAUCUGGAAGGAGGAAGUUUAAGCGAACACCACCAAACUUUGUCAGUCAGGAUUAUAUUGAGUUGGAGUUUGAAUAUGAAGUAUUUCCCACAAAAAUUGAUAUUUAUGAGACGUACAACCCAGGAACUAUUGUCAGAAUCCUAGCAUGUGAUUCCUCAGGUACUGAUGUGGACAAAGGAAUGGCUAGGUGGAAAGUGUUAUGGGAAGGAAAUCCUGAGAGAGCACCAGCUAAUGCUCGUGUCUUCUCACCACCAAUCCGGGAAAUCAACUUCCCAACCAACGUCAUCCGAAUAGAAGUUUGUCAUGAUCUGUGUGAUUACUACACGGAAUUGGAUGCUGUCUGUCUCCAUGGAGACGAUCACCAUAGUAACAACAUGGGAGUGACCUCCAGGCAAAGGUCAAAAGAUAUCAGUCAGCUAGAGGAGAGACUCAGUAGCUUCACUCUUAAGGAACAGAAAAGUACUGCAGUCGAAAAUGGCACUUUCAGUAUAGAAGAAUUGCCAGAAGAAGUAAUACAGUUAAUAUUAAGCUACCUCGAUAUCCCUUCUCUAUGCAAAGCCAGCAUUACCUCAAAAUUUUUCCAUAAGCAUUGUUAUGAUUCCCUUCAAUACAAGGAGCUAGAUUUACAGCCACACUGGACAGAAGUGAAUAACUUUGCUAUAGACAGUUUAUUGACAAGGUGCCACUUCCUCCAGCAUUUAAACAUAUCAUGGUGUGGAGGAAAUCAGAUGUGUAUAUCUCCAGGGACUUUCUCAAGAUUCUUAGAGGCAUGUGGCAGGGAUCUGCAGACACUCUAUAUGUCUUCAUGUAAAUUUGUGAAUGGAGAGGUUAUAAAGGCUGUGGCAGAAAAUUGUCCAAAACUGAAAGAGUUAGAUGUAGGAAGUUGUCCAUCACUAGAUGGUCAGUCCAUAUCACACCUCUCUAAGAUCCACACCCUAGAAAGACUAAAUCUGUACCGGUUAAUGGUAGAGAGGUAUAGUCUCAUGGAGGUCUUAAGGGUUUCUCCAAAUUUAAAACAUUUAAAUUUAGGAGCAACUAGAAUUGGUGAAAUGCAUAUAGAUAAUGUGAUGAAAAUAUUGGGAAAACAUUGCAAGAAUCUGAUCUCUCUUGACUUAUGGAGAAGUAGGAUAUCAGAGACUGGACUAGACUAUAUUGCUGAGAAUUGUAAACACAUUGAGGAGUUAGAUCUAGGCUGGUGUUCAAAUCUGAAGGCAGGGACUUACUGUUUUAUUGAUCUUGUAAAGAAGUGUCCAAACAUAAAGAAGUUAUACUUGACUGCCAAUAGGACUAUUUCUAAUGAGGACCUGUUAGCAUUCUGUAAGUACUGCCCUCAGUUGGAGCAGCUAGACAUCUUAGGUACUGGCAAUGUCGGUCGGGAGAGUGUUUUCAGGGAGACGGUGAAAGAUUAUGAUAGAUCUGGGUGCCCGCUGAACGUAAGUACCGAGAUAAACGUGUCUGAGGUUGAACAAUAUGUAAUAAAAGAUCGAAGAGUUACGAUUAGGGAAAUAGCUAAUGAUCUUAGCAUGUCUUAUGGAACAGUUCAAGAGAUUUUAACGAGUAAGCUUAACAUGCGGCGAGUUUGUGCGAGAUGGGUCCCUCGCCUCCUUCUGCCAGAGCAAAUGAGGCAUCCUUCCUCGCCAUCACCAAUAAAAGCACGCGUAACCAAGUCAGCAGGGAAGGUUAUGCUCAUAGUUUUCUAUGACAUCAAUGGUAUAAUUCUAAAUCACAUGGUACCACCCAAAACUUCAUUUACUGGGGACUACUAUGCACGGGUUAUCAAAUCAGAUUUGAUGAGAGCAGUAAAGAGAAACCCCAGAUCUGAUAAGAUCUGGAUUCAAUGUACCAUCUAA